AUGGUGCCUGAGAAUAGAAGGAAACAGCUCGUUGUAUUCAUAGUCGUCACUUAUUUGUUGACAUUCUAUUGUAUAUACUCUGCUACCAAGACAAGUGUAUCCUUUUUGCAGGUAACGUUAAAACUAAAUGAAGGUUUUAAUCUAAUGGUUUUAUCAAUAUUCAUCCUAUUGAACUCUACUUUGCUAUGGCAGCUGUUGACGAAAUUGCUAUUUGGCGAAUUAAGGCUCAUUGAGCACGAGCAUAUAUUUGAAAGGUUACCGUUUACCAUCAUAAACACUUUGUUCAUGUCUUCGAUGUUCCACGAAAGAUACUUUUUCACAGUGGCAUUCUUCGGAUUAUUAUUACUAUAUUUGAAAGUGUUCCAUUGGAUCAUAAAGGAUAGGUUGGAAGCUUUAUUACAAUCCAUUAACGAUUCCACCACGAUGAAAACCCUUAUCUUUAGUAGAUUCUCAUUCAACCUCGUGCUAUUGGCGCUCGCAGAUUACCAGAUCAUAACACGUUGCAUUUCAUCCAUAUACACAAACAAAAAUAUCGAUGUCGUCUCCACCUCCCUCUAUCUGAUGCAAGUGAUGGAAUUUACCAUGCUCUUGAUUGACUUGCUCAAUUUAUUCCUACAAACUUCUUUGAACUUCUGGGAAUUUUAUCGUUCACAACAGAGCCAAUCUACUGAAAACAACCAUGUUGUCCAGGAUGGACUCGAAGACGAAGUUGAUUCUGGAGAGCCCCAUGCAGUGCUGGAUAAUGAUGAUGACGAAGACGAUGACGACGAUAGACAAUUCACCGGUUUGGAAGGUAAAUUUAUGUAUGAAAAGGCAAUUGACGUUUUCACAAGAUUCUUGAAAACGGCACUGCAUCUAUCAAUGUUAAUACCAUUUAGAAUGCCAAUGAUGCUUCUGAAGGAUGUCGUAUGGGAUGUCUUGGCAUUAUACCAAAGUGCUACGACUCUGUGGAAAAUAUGGAGAAACAAUAAACAACUGGACGAUACUCUUAUCACUGUCACCGUAGAACAAUUGCAAAAUUCCGCAAAUGAAGAUAACAUUUGUAUCAUUUGUAUGGAUGAACUAAUUCAUUCCCCGAACCAACAAACGUGGAAAAAUAAAAACAAGAAACCAAAGAGGUUACCUUGUGGCCAUAUACUCCACUUGUCAUGCUUAAAAAACUGGAUGGAACGUUCUCAAACCUGUCCUAUAUGUAGAUUGCCUGUCUUUGAUGAAAAAGGUAACGUCGUUCAAACCACUUUUACGUCCAACUCCACCACAACCGCUACCACUAGCACAACAACGACAGCAAGGACGACAGCAAAUCAAUAUGUAUCUACAAAUGAGACAGAGUUAAUUCCUACCAGGACAAUUUCUCAUGAUGUGGGAAUAGCGUCUAGUCAGAACAUGAAUAUGUCAGCAUCAAUGCCAGCGUCAUCCAACACGUGGUAUACGUUCCCACUGCAACAAACCGAUAAUACUUCCGGCGAAUCAAAAUGUUCCACCUAUGAAUUUUUGAUAUCCAAUUCAAAUGAAAAGGAAAAUAGUAUUCCAGUAAAACUAACAGUAGAAAGCCACGAACCAAACUCUGAGCAAGGACGGGAAGAAGAACAAGGUGCUCAGAGGAGAAUUGUCAUACCAGAUCAUUUUAUCCAGCAUAUUUAG